CCCGUUUGUUUCCCUCUAACUUAAGAUCUGAUCUCGCCCGACGUCAUUCCAGUGGGCAUGUGCAUGUUUAUCCCCACGCCAAGAAUUCUUUCUUUGAAUAUCCUCCUUGAAUCGAUAUGGAUCCCUUCUUUUUGCCAAGAAAUAUAUAAGUCUUGACUUACACUGCAGUAAGAUUAUCUUAUCUAGGAUAUGCUACCUUGUUAUCGACUCUAUCCUUGAUAUCGGAUCGCCAUAGGCUUGAGAUAUCCUCAUGGACGACGGGGAUCUCGGAGAAAAUAUCCAACAGGAGACUGACAUUAUUGAAGAGUCUGUCUCUCAUGACAGACGCAUAGGAAACGAUGAUGCUCAUCUGGCUCCAAACCGCUGGUGGUUUGCUUCCUCAGCAUUCCCCAUGAUUGCCGGCACCCUCGGUCCAGUUGCUUCAGCCUUCAGUAUCUGCGCUCUCGUACGCCCAUGGAGACAGCACUACAUUCCCAGUGAGCCUCUCAAGGAAGCAGCUUUUGUCGCUGAUCCAAUAUGGCUCACCGUCAUAAACGCUAUCCAGCUCGGCAUGGCCAUCAUAUCAAAUAUCUUCCUCCUACUAAACAUGACACGUCGUGUACGCUUUACUAUCGCUCAGCCACUCACUAUCAUCGGAUGGUACAUCUCUGCUAUUCUACUCAUCGCUCUUCUAGCUACAGCCUCUGGGCCGCUUUAUGAAGGCUUUGGUCACCCGAGAGAAGAGCUCAUAUGGUCUCAGGCCUUUUACUACGGCAUUUGGGCUGCCAUUCUCUACUUUGUCGAUGCUUCGCUCAUGGUGAUAACCUUCUAUGGAGCAUCGGUUGGCCAUUAUCCCAACGACUUCAACUUGACGCCCAGCCAACGGACUCUCAUGUUGCAGACCAUCAUGUUUCUCUUGUACUUGCUAGUCGGGGCCGUUGUGUUUUCCAAUAUCGAAAACUGGAACUAUCUCGACACCGUAUACUGGGCAGAUGUAACUCUAUUUACUGUCGGGUUUGGUGAUUUCACAGCUCAAACAAAUCUCGGACGAGCUCUCAUGAUGCCAUACGCUUUGGUCGGUGUCAUCAGCCUCGGUUUGGUCAUCGGUUCUAUCCGCAGUCUUGUACUCGAGCGAGGCAAAAAACAAGUCGAUGCCAGAAUGGAAGAGAAGAAACGCCGACGUAUUGUCCGAACCAUGACCAAGAAAGGCAAGGAUGAGGUACUCGAGCCAAUUCGAGAGCCACGACGACAAGACUCUAUGGUUUCCCAAGGUGCACAAUCAAACAAUCAGCUACCGGCGACAGAAUAUGAGCGUCGAAAGGCAGAAUUCGAUCUUAUGCGUAAGAUCCAAGCUCAAACAUCAUAUCGUCGUCGUUGGGUCGCCAUGGGUAUCUCGACCGGUGUAUGGCUUAUUCUGUGGCUCUUGGGCGCCUAUAUCUUUGUUAAGUGCGAAGAAGACUAUCAAGGGUGGAAGUACUUUGAUGGCUUCUACUUCUGCUUCGUCAGUCUCACAACAAUCGGAUACGGCGAUGUGACUCCUAUUUCGAACGCUGGAAAGUCCUUUUUCGUCUUUUGGUCUUUGCUUGCGUUGCCUACCAUGACAGUCCUUAUUUCAAACGCUGGAGACACCGUUGUCAAACUUAUCCGUGAUGGAACGCUUCGUCUUGGAAAUGUCACUAUUCUCCCAGGAGAGGACAACUUCAAGAGCGAUCUCAAAUACAUCAUCAACAGAUGUACCUUUGGUCUGAUGUAUGCUAAUUACACAGAGCCGCCGCCCCUAAACCAGGACAAGAAACCAGCUUCGAAGAAUUCAAGCACUGGUACUUCAGACUCGACGAUCAAGAAGGAAGAGGAGAAGCUUGACGAAUACGCCCGCGGACGGCCGAGGCGCUCAGAAGCUGGAGAAGAUGAUGACCCAGCAGAUCCGCGACCAGGCCAAAGCCGCAAUAAUUCAACCUUCACAGCUCGAGUUCGUCGUUCUCUAUCUCGCCUUCGAGACGCCCAUGAGGAGUUACCUACGGGAACAAACCUCCACUUUCUCCUCAUUUCAGAAAUCCAAGUCCUCAUGAACCACCUCAAGUCAUCAAAGCCACACAAAUACUCCUUUGAGCAGUGGGCAUGGUAUCUUAAGCUCAUUGGUGAGGAUGAAAGCAAUGCCGAGACACAUGGAAAAGCGCAGCCAAACAGUCGGCAUCAUCAUCACCACCACCCUCGUCGCAGGAAAACGAAUGAGACUGCUGAAGGUGUUGAAAAGGACGUGGUCUCUGAUGAUACAACGGCUUGGUCGUGGGUCGGCAAUCGGAGUCCGCUUAUGGGAAGUCAAGAAGAGACUGAGUGGAUUUUGGAUAGACUCCUUGAACGACUUCGAGAGUCUUUGUCUAUUGAGGGGAAGAAACAGGUCACUACCGAUGCAAGGAGAGCUCUUGGGGCUGAUCGUCGACGGUCGCCAGAUGAUACAUAUCAUAGGAAGAAAGAUGCAAAGAAGGAAGAUGUUUGAUACCCAAAUAGGUUACUGGUUCUUAAAUAUUUGCAUACGCACGUUAGUACUUGUCUAUGGAUUAAUUAAUAGGACAGAAUCAAGAUUGUAAAUGGGUUUUGAGAAAGAUUCACGUAUGGCUCUCAUAUGUUGCUCUUUAGUUUGACAAACCACCCUGUACAGGACUGGGCUACCUGCAAUUCCUUUUUUCUAUGCCGAUUCUUCUUAUCCUUAUGAUUCCUAGUUACACUAUUCCAACAUUGAUCCUAUCGAUUAUCAUACAAAGCCAUCCGCCGUUCCGUGGCGAUAUUUGUGCUUCAUUGCAUCAUACAGCUUCAAUGGGCCAUCCAUUGAAGGUCCUCAACUCCUCUGGUCAUAAUACAGCGUGUUGUUAAAAUGCGGUGUGUCGUUCUUGUCUCUUAGUUGUUUCCUCCAAGAAUAAGUCGUCUGUUGCGCUUGAUUACCUGGUUCAAUCCCUUCUCCAACUUCUCAGUCUCUCGUCGAGCAGCCGCAAGGGCACCCUCUGCAUCUUCGACGCUCAUCAGGGGCAUACCACCGACACCCAUGCCGAAGUUCUUUCCACGCUCUUCACUCGACAUUCCAGCCGAGCUGAAGUCCUGCAUCGCCCGUGCUCCAUCAGGAGGGCUGUAAAUACCCACACCGGCGGCAGCAUCGGGGCCAUAGAAGUAGGGUGCGAGAGAGUUGAGACUCGCAGCAGCCGCAUCCUUAGUAGGUGAUGCUCCCUUAGGAAAUCCCAUGUUCGUAGCACCUAGGUUGAGGCGAGGGAGAACGUACUGGUUGAUGUAGCUAAGCGCGUCCUCUCGCUGAAGCUUUCCGAUAGGGUCUUGAGACUGGAGCUGGGCAGUGGCGGGGAAGAUGUUGGGACGUCCAUUGGGAACAGCUCGGCCCUUAAUAAGAGAGAAUGCUCCACUACCAGGCUGAUGUCUAGGGGCAAUGAACGAUCCGGGGUUCUCUGCCGCAUUGGCAAUGGCAGCUUGAAGUUCCAGGAAAGCGUCCUCUUCCUCAGGGGUCAGACCACGUAUGCAGUCACCAUUGGGGGUAAUGAGCAUGCGGCUGCCAUCAACGUGGAAUUGCUUUCGGACAGGCUUUCCUGCGCGCAGCGCUGCAAGAUCCUCAUCUUGAAUUUCUCCACAUUUGCAAGAGCAGUCCUUACAAUGCUCAGCCUUAUUGGCGUUGUUCUUGGCAGCACUGUAGUCGGUGCGAGAUGAGCCAUUGGCGAUGGGCUUAAACAGUUGGAGUUUAUCGACACUCGAAGCCCAGAGAGUGUUCUUAAUCUCAGAAAAAACCGACGCCGGGUCAGGCUGUGGUCUUGCAGGUGGCUCUUGAGCAUCAGGGGUAGAUUCCUUAGGGGACGCUGGAGGAGGAGGAGUCGGUUGAGUCUCGACCUCCUUUGUUUUGCCCUUGGAUUUGAUUGACUUCUUUUGAGAAUUCUUGCUCUUGACAGGCUUCUCUUCUGGCUCUCUUUCGGGCUCCUUGACGGGCUCUUGUUGAGAUGGUGGCUGGGAUGGCUCGUCUGCGGGAGCCUCUGGGAUAGUAGAAGCAUCAGGCUGGGCCGUCUUAAUCGGCUUUUCCUUCUUCUGUUUCUUCUUCCGUCCCAUGAUAGGAGCAUGCACCUCUGCCUCUGCUAUGGGAGCCUCAGCGAUCAACUUUGUUUCUUGCUUCAAAACAUCUUUUCGUUGCUUUCGCUGUUGACUCUUGGUUGUGGUUCUUACCGCAGCAGACCCAAUCCUGCUGGGGGGCGGCGAGCUUGCCCGAGAAUGGGUCACAGAGGCAGACACUACCGAGGCGUUGUCACUAAUCAUCUCACUGACAGGUGUAUCUGGCCUGUGACUACCAGAGACAGCCCUGGAGGUGCCUGACAACGCAACCGAUGCCAUGGUCAAGGCAGGAGAAGCAGGAGGAGGUGCCUCGGCCUUGGGAGCUGCAAUGACACGCAGUGUCUUUGGUGCUGUGCGUGUGACAGGGGAUGCAAUUGCGGUAGACGAGGGUGUAGGCAAGGGAGGAAAGGCCGCCGAGGUCUCUGUUGUUGACUUCUCAGUUGUUGCAGAUAGUUCACUGGUCUUCACAGCCACAUUCUUUCCAACCUGAGUGUUGACAGUAAUGGGCUUCUUGUCUGCUGCCUGGGACGAUGAUGCAGGUUUCACUUCCUGGGCCUUGGUCUCCUGAGCCUUGGCUUCUUGAGCUUUGGUCUCUUGAACCUUGGCCUCCUCCGCUUUGGUUUCCUGGGCCAUGCUCUCUAGGCUGGCUCCGGCCUUGGCCAUCAUUCUGUCCACAAUCCUCUCAGCAUGACGUUUGGCCUUUGGCGUAGCCUUGGGUGUAGGCGUUGCGGGUCGACUCUUGUUCUUCGAUGCAUCCAAAGCUGGAAAGUCCUCAUCCUGUAAGAAACUUGCCUUUGUAAGGUUCGGUUGCGAUUGUGUCGUAAUCUCCCGUGAGAGUCCGCUUUCGGCUGCCAGAGACUUGAUGUUCUUCUUUGCUUCCGAGACGGGUAUCGCUGGCUUUAGCUUUGCAGGCGACUGGUCAGGAGUUAAAGAACCUUGUGAGAGUCCAGGGGGUGGCAUUCUAGGUAACGCUGGCACAAUGUUGGUGAGUUUUGUAUGACCUUGAGUAGAUGGAGGUCUCGAUAUGUUGGCUGGCAGUCCUGGGGGUAACGACAAGCCCGGGGGCACAGAUGUGCGACCUUCCAUACCAAUUGGCGGCAGUAUGGGAUCGUCAGAAACUAACGCGUCGACAGAAUUCGUAGCUUCGUCUAGGGAUAGGAGCUCAUCAUCUGAACGCUUGUUAGCAUAGGUUCAGUCACUCGGUCUGAAUGUAAAGCAAAACACAAAGACUACGCUACGAGAGCAACACCCCAUUUAUAUACAAGACUUUGGGGACAGGAUCAUGCUACGGCGACCAACAUCGUCUUCCACGGGGGACAACGAGAAGAACAGGCGAUUUGGAGAGAAUAGAGGGUAUUGCUAUUUCUGACCAAGGAGACCGCCAAACCUAGGCGGAUGAAUUCGACAUUUGUUAACAUACAUAGGGAGCUUGUGGAAGACGAUGAUGGCUUGCCUGACGUGAACCCCCAUGCGCGGUCUUCCAUAGACCGGUAAAAGUCGGAGGAAGGAGACUCGAGAUGUUCUCUCGUCGUCCUCCGUUUUCCCCAAUAAAACAUAGAUGACGCCUGAUGCAAAAGCUGACCUCCCAGAGCAGCAUUAAUCACGCAUAUGCUGCUGAAUCAAGAUGCGCUUGAAACUCGUGUCCCCCGAGGAAGAUGAAAGGCAACUUUUCUCGCCCUGACCCUGAUUUCCGAAGAACGCCCCCCCUUUGUGCAUGAAGAAGAAAAAGCCGAUACCGAUGAGAGGAUACCAAACAUCACCCUCCUAGACUGCAACAACUCCGAGAAACAUCAAAACUACCACCUUCCAUAGCCUGCAUUAUACAUCAUGUUGUGACUGUACCCACCUUGACUCUGACCGCCAAACAAGCCCUGUCCGACUCCGGCGCUGCCUUGAGACUGGUGCUGCAUUCGCGCCUGCAAGAUACUCGGGUCUGCAAGAUCUACUAAGCCACUCCCCCCGGAGGAGGAAGUGUUAGCAUGUCUGUGCUUCUUUCCCUUCUUCUUCUGCUUAGAGCCCAUGUCUUGGUACCCUCCAGGUGUAUUACCAUAGAGAGGCGGCAGGAGCCCGGAAGAAGGAGCUGGGGUGGAGGUAGAGGAUGGUGGGUACUGGUUUGAAUAAGAAGGAAUCAUAAACUCACGCUUUCCCGCAUCGUGGGACUGGUUGUUACCAGCUCGACCGCGGCCGAUUAAACUCUGAAGAAGCUCACUCGAAUUGUCUUUGGGGGCGCCAAAGCCCUGUCCACCAAACUGGCCGAACAUGCUAGGGGGAGUGCCGGUUGACUUAAGACCAGGAGGAGGUCCAGGCAUGGAGGCCCCGUAAAACUGAUUGCUGCUCUGCGAUUGAAACGUGUUGGGCAUCAUAGAGGAUUGCUGGGCCAUGAUACGCGGGUUGGCUGCGACCUUGACGUUGGUAGAAGAGCCAGCGUUGUCGUUGGCAAAGCUGAAUCGAGAGGAUUGACGGUUGUGGCCUUGACCUUGGCUUUGACCCUGAUUCUGGAAAGCAUUGCUUUGGCUGGUUAUGCCAGGAGGGGCAUCGCCAAAUCCGCCCUGAGAUCGAAGAUACAGCUGCUGCGGCGUCAUAGACCGCGAACCAGGGUUCCCCGAGCUCUGGCCAAAAGGUGAGGCUCCAGUGAGGGAAGGUCCAAAGAGCCCGUCAGUAGAAAGUCGCUGAAUAGGAGGCUGAGCACUAGGUCGGCGAUCGAAGCCUCGGUUGUCGCUAGAACUGUCACGGUCCUCAGGCUCUCCUCCGAGAGCAAGGCUGCCACCGGUCUCAGGUUCUCCUUCCGAUGGCUCACGAACCUCGGGUCGCUCUUCCUGUUCUCCACUCAAACGUGAAUCCUCCUCCUCUCGCAUAGCCCGGCGCUUCUCGCCACCACGAGGAUCGAACAUAGGUGGGUAUUGGUCUUCGUCAACGUCUGGAAAGAUAGGCAUGGGGCAACUUUGCAAUGUCUUGUAGAUCUCCUUAAGCCAUGAAUCAGGCGACUCUUGAGUUGGUGCAGGUGAUUCAGACUCCCGGGUCCCAGAUGAUGACGGCCCAGCAACUGGCUCCUCUUGCUGAGGUUCCUCUUCCUCCAACUCAUCCUCAUCUUCCUCUUCGACUGCUUCUUCUGGUACAGGCUCUGCGGUGACAGGCUGAGCUGUUGAAAUAGCAGGGCUGGAUGCAGCACCACUAGUAGCAAGACUGCCUCUGCGACUUCGCUGUGGAUUGCGUGCCCAGUUGGCUGAGGAAGGUAGAGCUGAUCCAUCGGCACCAUUCUCAGAACCCUCUUUACUAAUGGAGCGCGUCAUCGGAUGAGAUACGACGGGAGGCGGCGUAGGAUGGGAAAUCUGUUGUCGGGAAGCCGACCGCGAACUGCCUCCGGGGAGAGGCCGUUGAGACCCUAUACUGUUCAUAGAGGACAAGUCCUGUCGUGAGUAACUGUCCUCCUCAUCGCCCUGUUCAUGCAAGAACAUGCAACCAGGAUUGCCGCAUUUUUCAUUCUUUAACCAAGCUGAACAGUAUUUCGUCGUGCCGUGCUGCGCCUUUAGGACUCGAUCACCGUUGUGGGAUCCGUGCACAGCUUGGAUGCACCGCGUCGCUUCUUCCGGACGUUCGAAGGUCACGUAA